GACCCCCGCCGCCUCCUCCUCCUCCUCCACGCCGGCCGCCGGAGGGACCCAGGCGCCGCCAGACGACGAAGAGGAGGAUUUGUGCAGCUUAGAGAGUCCCCUCGUCGUCAAGAAGAAGAAACGAGGGCCGAGGAAGCAGAAGGAGAACAAGCCGGGGAAACCCAGGAAGCGCAAAAAAUUAGUCAGUGAGGAUGAGUUUGAGUCCGACCGAGAGGAGUAUCGGGCCAAGUCGGAGAGCGGGGGCAGCGACUAUGGGGGCGUUGGGAAGAAGAAACGGCGCAAACACCGGGAGAAGAAAGAGAAGAAGACCAAGCGGCGGAAAAAGGCGGAGGAAGACGGAAUGCAAAAGCCAAAGGUGGAGCAGAAGUCCUCGGCCCAGCUGCUCAUGACUUGGGGCCUGGAAGACGUUGACCAUGUUUUCACCGAGGAAGACUACCAUACCUUGACAAACUACAAAGCCUUCAGCCAGUUUAUGAGGCCUCUCAUUGCCAAAAAGAACCCCAAGAUCCCCAUGUCCAAAAUGAUGACCAUUAUGGGCGCCAAGUGGCGGGAGUUCAGUGCCAACAACCCCUUCAAAGGAUCGACGGCCGCUGUUGCUGCUGCAGCCGCGGCCGCCGCAGCCGCCGUAGCAGAACAAGUCUCGGCUGCCGUCUCGGCCGUGAUCCCUUCACCUGAGCCCCAACACCUUCUGCAGCCCCCGGCUCAGCCUCUUCCCAUCCGCAAAGCCAAAACCAAAGAGGGCAAAGGACCAGGCCACAAGAAGAGGAGCAAAAGCCCUCGCAUCCCCGAGAUGAAGAGGAAGGUGAAGGGGAAGAAGAUGGCGCCCCUGAAGAUCAAGCUGGGCGUGAUCGGCGGGAAGCGCAAAAAGAGCAGCUCACAUUUGUUUCAGAGCGACGAGGUGGCCGAACCAGAAGAAGAAUCCGACCUGGAUAACUCCAGCGUUCACAGUUCUUCCGUGCGUUCGGACAGUUCAGGGAGGGUCAAGAAGGUCAGGCGAGGUCGACCCGGACGGAAGAAGAAAAAAGUUGCCGGCGAAGAAGAGGCAGACGGCUACGAGACCGACCACCAAGACUAUUGCGAGGUGUGUCAGCAGGGCGGGGAGAUCAUCCUGUGCGACUCCUGUCCCAGAGCUUAUCACCUGGUGUGCCUGGAUCCGGAGCUAGACAAGGCCCCCCAGGGCAAAUGGAGCUGCCCUCACUGCGAGAAAGAAGGGGUGCAGUGGGAGCCGAAGGAGGAGGAGGACGAAUACGAAGGGGAGCUGGACGAGAAGGAAGAGGAGGACGAUCACAUGGAAUACUGCCGGGUCUGCAAGGAUGGCGGGGAGCUCCUGUGCUGCGACGCCUGCAUCUCUUCCUACCACAUCCACUGCCUCAACCCGCCUCUCCCGGAGAUCCCCAACGGGGAGUGGCUGUGUCCCCGCUGCACGUGCCCCAUGCUGAAAGGCCGGGUCCAGAAGAUCCUCCACUGGCGAUGGGGCGAGCCCCCCAUGCCGGUGGCGGUCCCCCUGCCCUCCGAUGGCAACCCCGACGACCCGCCCCCCAAGUUGCUCCAGGGUCGUUCGGAGCGCGAAUUCUUCGUCAAAUGGGUCGGCCUCUCUUACUGGCAUUGCUCCUGGAUAAAGGAAUUGCAGCUGGAGAUUUUCCACUUGGUGAUGUACAGAAAUUACCAGCGGAAGAACGACAUGGACGAGCCUCCCCCGUUUGACUACGGCUCCGGCGACGAUGACGGGAAGAGCGAGAAAAGGAAGAGCAAGGAUCCUCUCUACGCGGAGAUGGAAGAGAACUACUACCGCUACGGCAUCAAGCCCGACUGGAUGACCAUCCAUCGGGUGAUAAACCACAGCAUUGACAAAAAGGGCAUCUAUCACUACCUGGUGAAGUGGCGGGACCUCUCCUAUGACCAGUCCACCUGGGAAGAGGACGAAAUGGCCAUCCCCGAAUACGAGUACCACAAGCAGGCCUACUGGUCACACAGGGAAUUAAUUAUGGGGGAAGAUCCUGUCCAGCCGAGGAAGUACAAGAAAAAAAAGAAGGAAUUGGACGACCCGCCGACGUCUCCCACCACCGACCCCACAGUGAAGUACGACAGCCAGCCGCGCUUCGUCACGUCGACCGGAGGGACGCUGCACAUGUAUCAGCUGGAAGGGCUGAACUGGCUGCGCUUCUCCUGGGCGCAAAGCACGGACACCAUCCUGGCCGACGAGAUGGGCCUCGGCAAGACCAUCCAGACCAUCGUCUUCCUCUACUCGCUCUACAGGGAGGGCCACACCAAGGGGCCCUUCCUAGUCAGCGCCCCUCUGUCCACCAUCAUCAACUGGGAACGGGAGUUUCAGAUGUGGGCGCCAAAUUUCUACGUAGUCACCUACACGGGAGACAAGGACAGCCGCUCGAUCAUCCGGGAGAACGAGUUUUCCUUCGAGGACAACGCCAUCAAAGGCGGGAAGAAAGCCUUUAAAAUGAAGAGAGAAGCUCAGGUGAAGUUUCACGUCCUCCUGACAUCCUACGAGCUGGUCACCAUCGACCAGGCCGCCUUGGCCUCCAUUCGGUGGGCCUGCCUCGUGGUGGAUGAAGCUCACCGGCUCAAGAACAACCAGUCCAAGUUCUUCAGGGUGCUCAACGGUUACAAGAUCGACCACAAGCUGCUCCUGACGGGGACGCCUCUGCAGAACAACCUGGAGGAGCUCUUCCACCUGCUGAACUUCCUCACGCCGGAGAGAUUCAACAACCUGGAAGGAUUCCUGGAGGAAUUUGCGGACAUCUCCAAGGAAGAUCAAAUUAAGAAACUCCACGACCUCCUGGGUCCUCACAUGUUACGUCGCCUCAAAGCCGACGUCUUCAAGAACAUGCCGGCCAAGACGGAGCUGAUCGUCCGGGUGGAGCUCAGCCCCAUGCAGAAGAAAUAUUAUAAAUAUAUCUUGACUCGCAACUUCGAAGCUCUGAACUCCCGCGGGGGCGGGAACCAGGUCUCCUUGCUCAACAUCAUGAUGGACUUGAAGAAAUGCUGCAAUCACCCCUACCUCUUCCCCGUCGCGGCGAUGGAAUCUCCCAAGCUGCCAAGCGGUGCCUACGAAGGUGGGGGGCUCAUCAAGGCCUCUGGGAAACUGAUGCUUCUGCAGAAGAUGCUGAGGAAGCUGAAGGAGCAGGGCCACCGAGUGCUCAUCUUCUCCCAGAUGACCAAAAUGCUGGACCUGCUUGAGGACUUCCUUGACUACGAGGGCUACAAGUACGAACGGAUAGAUGGCGGCAUUACCGGAGCCUUGCGCCAAGAAGCCAUAGAUAGAUUUAACGCCCCAGGAGCUCAGCAGUUCUGCUUCCUGCUCUCGACGCGAGCUGGCGGUUUAGGGAUCAAUUUGGCCACGGCAGACACGGUGAUCAUCUUCGAUUCUGACUGGAAUCCCCACAAUGAUAUCCAGGCCUUCAGCAGAGCUCAUCGGAUCGGCCAGGCUAACAAGGUGAUGAUCUACCGCUUCGUCACACGGGCCUCCGUGGAGGAACGGAUCACCCAGGUGGCCAAACGCAAGAUGAUGCUGACUCACCUGGUCGUCCGUCCAGGGCUGGGCUCCAAGUCGGGGAGCAUGUCGAAGCAGGAACUGGACGACAUCCUCAAAUUUGGCACAGAGGAACUCUUCAAAGACGAAAAUGAGGGCGAGAACAAGGAGGAAGACAGCAGCGUUAUCCACUAUGAUAAUGAAGCCAUCGCCCGGCUCCUGGACCGUAACCAGGACGCCACCGAUGAUGCCGACGUCCAGAACAUGAACGAAUACCUCAGCUCCUUUAAGGUGGCGCAGUACGUGGUUCGGGAAGAGGAUAAGAUUGAAGAGAUUGAACGGGAGAUUAUUAAGCAGGAAGAAAACGUUGACCCCGAUUACUGGGAGAAACUGUUGAGGCAUCAUUACGAGCAGCAGCAGGAGGACCUGGCUCGCAAUCUGGGCAAAGGGAAGCGGGUGCGAAAGCAAGUUAACUACAACGACGCUGCCCAAGAGGACCAAGACAAUCAGUCUGAAUAUUCCGUCGGCUCUGAAGAGGAGGAUGAAGAUUUUGACGAGAGGCCGGAAGGUCGCCGGCAGUCCAGGAGGCAGCUUCGGAAUGAGAAGGACAAACCUCUUCCCCCACUUCUGGCACGGGUUGGGGGCAACAUUGAGGUGCUGGGAUUCAACACCCGUCAGCGCAAGGCCUUCCUGAACGCCGUCAUGCGCUGGGGCAUGCCUCCCCAGGACGCCUUCACUUCCCAGUGGCUGGUUCGGGACCUGCGGGGCAAGACGGAGAAGGAAUUCAAGGCUUACGUUUCUCUGUUCAUGAGGCAUCUCUGCGAACCCGGGGCGGACGGUUCGGAGACCUUUGCCGACGGGGUGCCGAGGGAGGGUCUCUCCAGGCAGCAGGUCCUGACACGGAUAGGAGUCAUGUCUCUGGUUAAAAAAAAGGUACAAGAGUUUGAACAUAUUAACGGCCGCUGGAGCAUGCCUGAAUUGAUGCCCGACCCCAGCGCGGACUCCAAAAAGUCUUCCCGGGCCUCGUCCCCCACCAUCAAAACUUCCACCACCACCCCAGAACCCAGCUGCACCAACACGCCCUGCACCUCCAAGCCAGCAACUCCGGCCCCCAGUGACAAAGGAGACGGGGCCCCCUCGGCUGAAAGGAGGAUGUGGAGACCAAGGAUGAGAAGUUGGAGAAGGAAGCCAAAGGGAGCGAGAAAAUGGAGACGGAGCCUUCCGCGCCCGAACCGCCCCUUUCUACCACCUUCGCAGGGGAUAAAAUGGAGCUGGAACCUUCGAAGAAGCCGGAGGAUGAGGGCCCGGUGGGGGGCCAGGAAAAGGAGUCGGAAGCCGAGCCGACGGUUAAGGAUGAAAAGGAGAAGUUGGAUGCUGAUUUGGAGAAGCUGGUGGCAGAGGAAAAAUCCACGGAGAGCGAUGACAGCAAGGAAAAGGUGGAGGGAGAAACUCAGGACCCCAAGAAAGGCGAUGUGAAAUCCGAGCGAGAGACGGCCAAGGAAUCGAAAAUUGGCAGUCUCCGCGACGAGAACCGGAACAACGGGAAGAGGGAAGAGCGGAUGGAGA